AUGACAGUAAUUAUACCUGUUCCUGAAUUCCCCGUGCCUGGGUGCUUGUGCAAUGCAGCAGGGGCCGCCGAUCGGAGGGGAAAGGCGAAGCUCAGGGCGGAGGUCGGGAAGCAUGACUACGACUGGCUCCUGACUCCUCCGGUGACGCCUCUCUCCUGCUCCCCGGCGCUGAGCCGGCUGACGAGGGCCACAUCGGCGUCGCACGCCAAGAGCAAUUCGCCGCUCUCCCGGGCACGUCGGGAGAAGGGCAGCAGCUCGUCGCUCAACACGACGGAGCUCGCGUCCUCGGGUCGCCCGCCGCACGUCAGGAGGACUCUGUCGUCGGCGUCUUCGUCGUCGGUCAAAGCCGCGAGCAGCGCGUCCGGGAGAUCCACGCCGGCGACGAGCCCCCGCACGCCAGCCGCGGCCACAGCCCGUCCCGAGGAUAAAACAUACGGACGGCCACAGGUCUCCUCCGGCUCCGGUGCUUCCAACCAACCCAAGGGACCGUCGUCGUCGCGGCCACGCGCUCCCACGACCGGCGCCUCCGGCCCCAAGUCAACCAGGGUGAGGUCAGAGCAACCGGCGCUGACCAGACGUGGCGCCAACGCCGUGGCACGUUCGAGGUUCGCGGGCCAGCCGAGUCAUGAUGCAAUGUCAACGGCUCAGGCCGCGGAAAAUGCCGUGCCGCCCAGUAUGAUGGUCAAGACUCGGCCCGUGCCGGCGGCCGGGAAGCAGAGGAGCCAGGGCAACGGCAUGAGCGUAUCGCCGGCGACCGCCGCCUCCCGGAGCGCGGCGAGAGGGGACUUGUUAGCAGCCAGUAAAAGGUUAUCAAGCAGCGGCGCCGACGGCCGAAAGACCCACGGCGACGAGAAGGCCACCGCACCCCGUCGAGCCGUGGGUUUCGGCUCAUCCGUCGCGAGCACGCGCCGUUGCCUCACGAAGGCCGACUCCCGGAAGCUCACGGCGAACGAGGGCGCCCAGCAGCGGAGCCUCCGGUCCGCAGCGCCCGGCGGCCGCCUAGGGCCCGCUGCCGCGGUCUCGGACGCCAGGGGCCGCCGGCGGUCGUCCGCGGCUGGGGAAGACAAGGUCGCGGUCAAGGCGCCGGACGCGUUCCCGAGCACGCGGUACGACGCCAUGCUGCUGCGGGAGGACCCCAAGAACCUUACGUGGCUGAACGGGUGCGGCGAGGAGGAGGACGACGACGACGGUGAAGACGGGUGCUGCGGCGGCGCAGGCCUGGUCGACGGCUCGCUGGAGCCGUUCCACGUGUGA